AUGGAAGCAGCAAUCGAAAUUGGCAUAGAGAAAUUGGAGGUGGUAGGAGAUUCCAACCUGCUCAAGAAUCAAUUUGCGGAUGCCUUGGCAACACUGGCAUCCAUGAUCGAAAUUCCUGUUGGUGUGAAGCUAAGGCUGAUAGUGAUCGAACAAAGGGAUACGUCAGUAUACCAACAUGUCAUGGCCAUUGAUGAGCCGGAUGAUGGUCACCCAUGGUACUAUGACAUUUGGAGAUUUGUAGAGAAAGGAGAAUACCCCAUUGAAGCAAGCAAGAAAGACAAAGUCGCUCUCCAGAGAAUGGCAGCUCAGUACAUCAUUUGUGGAGGAAAUCUAUACCGGAGGUCGCACUGCGGCAUACACAAGUUAUGCACCCAUGGUGCAAAGACAAAAAGGGUAAUGGAAGAAAUCCAUGAAGGUGUGUGUGGUCCUCACAUGAACGGCAUGAUGCUCGCCAAGAAGAUCCUCAGGCAGGGAUAUUUCUAA